AUGAUCGUGGCCCCCGUGCUGCGGAGCUUUCAGUACAGGGAUCCUGUCUUGCUGCUGCAGAGCGCCAUCAUCACAGAGAGCGCUCAUGGGAUAGCUGGCUGGGGUUUGUCUAGCCUUCUGGGACUCGCCUCUAUUGUGCAAGCGCCCCCUGAGUGCGCGGUGCUGGCAGUGUAUGAUGGUGCUGCCGGCGCGUGCGAUGCUGCCGGCGCGUGCGAUGCUGCCGGCGCGUGCGAUGCUGCCGGCGCGUGUGAUGCUGCCGGCGCGUGUGAUGCCGCCAUGUACCAUGAUUUAAGAAGAGCAGACAGCAUGCCGAGCGGAAAACUCCGGGGACCGGUGAGCUCCCUCCAGAAGCCGUGCCUUAAACUGGCCGGGGCAUUGCAGAGCAAAACAGUGGCUCCGCGCAACCCACAGCUGGCUAGAGAUGGAGGGGCCACCCCGACGCUCACCCCCUCAGCCUUCCUCAGGGAAAUGUCCCUGACCACGGAGCAGAGACUGGCCACCACGCGAGAGGGGCACCCGCCACAGAUCAUUCAACUGCUUGACAUGAGCGAGACCACCCAUCAGAAGUGUUCGGCCGUGGACAUGGACCAAGCCCUGUUCCAGCCUUUCCCCUCGGAGAUUGUCUUCCAGAAUUACACUCCUUGUGAAACAUACGAAGUGCCACUGGUCUUGAGGAACAGUGACAAGGUGCCACGGCUGGUGAAAGUCAUUCAGGAGAAUUCGCCCUAUUUCCAAGUUAUCAGCCCCAAUGAUGUGUGUCACAAGGUGGCCCCGGGGAUGGAGUCUACUUUCCACGUCCUGUUCACCCCAGAAGAGAACAAGGACUAUUUCCAUGAAGUCAUCUGUAUUACUGAACGGGAGAAGUUUGUGGUUCCCAUCCGGGCGAUUGGGGCCCGGGGCCUGUUGGAUUUCCCGGAUGAAAUCACUUUCCAGAACUGCCCAGUAAAGUACAACUCCCAAAAAACCCUUCUGGUGCGAAACAUUGGCAACCGAGAUGCCUGCUUCUGGCUCCUUACUCACAGGCCUUUCUCGGUGGAGCCGGUGUCGGGCACAUUGGCUGUCGGAGAGAGCAUGCAGGUGACGGUGGAGUUUCAGCCUGAGAAGGCGGGGGAUCACUCGCAGGCCCUGACCCUUCACUAUGACACAGGAGAGGACAUUAGUGUCAGUUUGUAUGGAGCAGCCGCUGAUGCCAAUGUGCGGCUCGACAAGAAUUCCCUGAUGAUAGAAAAAACCUAUAUUUCAUUGGCCAAUCAGAGGACGAUCAGCAUUGUCAAUCGCAGUGACAUCAUCACUCACUUCCGCUGGAAAGCCGUUGCUACCCUUCACGAGGAAGAGCAGCAGAAGUCCAGAUUGUGUUUGGAUCUCCGCGCAGAAGAAGACGAGCAGAUGGAUCACUUUCUGGAGGAAUGCAGCGCAGAGCCCUCUCUCCGUGCGCGCCUCUCCCUUCUCAGCCGCAGCUUCCAAAACCGCCGCAGGAUAGUACAGGAUGACGCCAUGCUGUUUACCGAUGAUGUGUUCCACAUAGAACCCACAGAAGGAGAUGUUUGGCCAAACUCAUCUGUGGAGGUCAGAGUUCUCUUCAAGCCCCAAGAAUCCAAGAUAUACCAGCGCACUGUCUAUUGCGACAUAACAGGUCGAGAGACGCGUCUUCCUCUGCGAAUCCGAGCUGAAGGUCUGGGACCGAAGCUGCGCUUUAACUUUGACCAGCUGGAUGUUGGCAAAAUCUUUGUUGGCUCCCUGCACAGCUAUGAGGUUAUCCUGACAAAUCAAGGAGCGAUUGAUGGAAUUUUCACGCUGGUUCCUCCCGCCGCCGCAGUGGGCUCCUUCUUCACAUUUGACCCGAGCGAAGGCAUCGUUCUUCCAGGCGGACACCAGGCCAUCCGGAUAUCUGUCUGCGGUGGGAUUCUGGGGGAGUUCAGCCAGGAGUUGUGCUUCUCUGUGGACGGGUCUCCGGAGGCCCUGGCGCUGACAGUGAGGGGUUGCGUGAUUGGACCCACAUUUCACUUCAGCGCCCCCGCUCUGCAUUUUGGAGAUGUCUCUUUUGGGUUCCCACAAAUAUUGACCUGUUCACUUAGUAACACCUCGCUGGUACCCAUGACGUUUAACCUGCGCGUCCUGGGCGAUGGUAGCGGAGAAGCAAGCAUUGCAAGUUCCGCUCAGGUUCUCGAUGAGAGGAGCUCGACCUGGAGCAGAGCGUCCAUCCAAAGCCCAAGACCUCGAGAGUUCUCCAUCUCUCCCUCCCGGGGCACCAUCCGGUCCCAGGGGUCCUUAGACAUAGAGGUCACCUUUUGUCCCAACCAUGUGAAGAAGUAUGAGCUGGCCCUUGUGGUGGAUGUGGACGGCAUUGGAGAUGAAGUUUUAGCCUUGCCCAUCACUGCCAGGUGUGAGAUCCCAUCCCUGUAUGUAGAGGACCCUGCGGUGAGGUUUGGCCGCUGCUUUCUCCAGCACCCGUAUCAGAGAACCGUCACUCUGACAAACCCCGGCGACCUCCCGGGAUGUUACGGCCUCCUGCCACAGGUACGCGGGCCGACGCCCCCCGUGCGCUAUUACAGCUCCAUGCCCCGCGGGGUGAUAGAGCCUCACAGCAGUGUGGAGCUGCCCAUUAUCAUAGAAGCUCAGGAGACUGGUGAGCAGAGUGCCAGAGCUCAUAUCUGGGUAUUUGGGCAGGUGGAGCCCCCACUGGAGCUGCGUCUGCUGUGCACUGGAGAAGGCCCUGUUGUCCAUGUCUGUCCCAGUGAAGCGGAUUUUGGGAAUAUCCAGGUUCUGACGGAUGUUUCUAAGACUCUAGUCCUGAGCAAUCAGUCACCGAUUCCUGCGUCCUUCCACGCGGCCACGACACGCAAGCGGUCUCUGUGGCGCAUUGAACCCAGCUCCGGCGAGGUUCCCCCUGAGGGGAAAAUGCAUCUAACACUCGUGGCUCAUCUGGACGAUACCGUCAGCUUCACAGAUACGCUGCAGCUGGCCAUCGCAAACAGCAGCACCUACCACAUCCCGCUGCGCGCCGUCGGCAUCGGGACCACCAUAGUCACCGACAGAACGUUUGCCCCGCUCCUGGACCUGGGAGCUCACUUCAGUGCUGGACCCUGCCACUAUCGCUUCACAAUGACUAACCGCGGACGCCGCACUCACCAGCUCUACUGGAUGACGGAGGGCUUCCCUCAGUUCCGCAGGCGCCCUCAGCUACCCUCCAUCAUUCCAGAGCCCCUGGGCCCUGUCUUCAAACUUCACCCUUCCCGCAUGGAGCUCCAUCCAGGCCAGAGCAUUGAUGUCCUGCUGGAGGGCUCCUCAGACCUUCCCAAAGUGGUGAAGGAGAGACUGCUGGGACAGGCCAUCAUUGGGAAGCAGUCAGGGAAGGACAAGAUCAUGGAGGUGGAUGUGAUCUGCCAAUUCGUUGCUCCCAUCCUGCAUCUCUCGACCAAGAGACUUCACUUCUACGUGGAGAAGCGACCUGAUGAUAGUCUGGAACAGCAGUACCAGCCCCUGACACUGAAAAACAUCUCGUCUCUGCCCCUCACCGUAUUCCUGUCUCUGAGACCCCCAUUCUCUGUCUGCUGCAAGGAGACACUACAGCCAGUGGACACAGAGACAGCCCAGAUUCUGGGUGUUGGAGAGGAGACAGAGCUGACUGUAAGAUUUGACCCGACUUACAUCCACGAUCUGAGGAGCCAAGUGGCCGAGGAGAUUUUGACGAUCAGAUUUGCUGAGCACCCUCACACCGACUCCGUGUCGCUCCAGGGAGAGGUGCACUUCCCCAAUCUCAACUUCACUUCUACCCAUAUCAACUUUGGGUGUAUUUUAAACAACACUGAGACCACCAAAGAGCUGGAGAUCACCAACUGCAGUCCAUGUCCCGUCCAUUACCAAUGGCUCUACCAAAAAGAGAACUGCAAGAUUAGUACGAAUAAAUCACAAAUGCCAGAAAAGAAAGGUCUGCAUUCUAUCCAAACCCAUGUGGAGGAUCCUGAGCAGAAGGACGCGGUGCCAUGCAUUGGAACAGAUGGGCUUUCCGAGGGUCCCUCAGCUGUCUCCGGACCUCCAGGAGAAGAGCACACGGUGACGGGGGUGGAGGAGGUGUUCGACAUCCUUCCUCUGUUCGGGACCCUGCAGCCAGGAGAGAGCCAGACCGCGAGCUUCACGUUUUAUGGUCAUGCUGGCAUCAGUGCACACGCAGCGGCUCUGUGUAAGGUGCACGGAGGUCCCACCUACGAGAUCAGCCUUCAGGGAGAGGCCUCGCUUGUCCGUUACACGCUAAGCGCGAUGGACAUAGACUAUGGCGUGCAGCUCUUUGAUAAGGUGGCCGAGGCCGACAUUGUCCUCCGUAACACAGGACUUGUCAGCUUCCCAUUCAGCGUGAUUAACGCCAGCGCGGAAAGUGCAGCAAGUCUCAGGCCUGGGAAGCCGCUAGUGCAGCCACUGAGUGGCCACGUUGCUGCUGGUGGGGAGGAAAUCUUGAAGGUCUUUUAUUUCCCGGGGGUCCCAGAGGCAUUCCAUCAAGUCAUCCAGCUGCAGGUGGCCCAUCUGGAGCCUGAAAAUAUUACUCUUCGAGGGAAAGGAGUCUUCCCUAGAAUCUACUUGGAUCUUCCACGUAACAUUAAUGAGAAUGACAAGCUUCAGGCCUACGUAGAAAAGGCUUGGGAGAAGAUACAAGACACCUUGACUAGUGGCUCUUUCCCAGAAGCCAACACAGAGUCUCCUCGAGAGGCAUCUCAUUCCUCCACAAACACCCUGCUGCUGAGGGAGGUGGAGAGAUUGCUCAUGCAGGAGCAUGCGACGGAGCAGCUUGCACUGGAGUCCAGCGAUGGGACCAUGCGCAGGCUUCACAGGGCCUUACUGCCAGAUUACCUCUUGGAUUUUGGCUUUGUAAUUCUGGGAGACGUCUGCACGCACACUGUCAAAAUUACCAACAGCGGACAUUGCCCUGUGUCCUUCCGCGCGGACCGGCGUGGGCUAGCCGGUACAGGAUUCACGACGGAGUUAGACCGUGUAAAGAACCUUCCAUGCUAUCAGGCGGAGACUUUCCAGGUGAAGUUCGAUCCCAGAGGCGCUAACCUCGGUGUCGGGCCUGUGGACGUGGUGAUGCCAAUCCAGGUGAUCGGAGGCCCCGCGUUCCCCGUAAGGCUCAGGGCAUGCGUGACAAUACCGUGUCUUAGCGUGUCCAGCGACAUCGUGGACUUUGAUCCCGUACAGUGUGGCCAGUGUCAGAUCAGAUCCUUACAGCUGUGCAACCAGUUCUCUGUGCCGUGCCAGUGGACGGCGAUGAGACAGGAGAAUGAAGCCAAGGUAGACAAACACACUCCAAUGCAUCUCCGCAAGAAACAGCGCCAGGACACAAAGCCAGGAGCCGCCAUCUUUGAGAUGAUUCCAGCUUCAGGCGUGCUCCUUCCCGGACAGAAGAAGAACGUGGAGAUUAAAUUUGUUCCCCAAGAGGAGAAGCUGUACAGGCAGCGUGUGGUGCUGCAGCUGGCGCAGAGCAGCCACCGUCUCAUGAUCCACGUCCAGGGUCAGGGCUUGGAGCCGCAGCUGGAGUUUUCGCCCUCGGUGGUGGAGCUGGGCCCGGUCCUUCCGUUCAGCCCUGGGGAAAGUAUGGAUAUUCUGGUGAGGAACCCGUGCAGUUUCCCCGUAGAGUUCUAUUCUUUGGAGAUGGACAAGCAGUACCUGGAGGAAGAGAAGGUGCUUGCAAUGCUGAAGAGCUACGAUGCUCAGAAUACCCUGCUGCUCCCUCCACGGCUGCCGGGAGAGAGGCUGCCCAGGGAAGUCCUGGACUUCUAUGAGGAAAAGAAGAGGCUGCUAGAGGACAACAGGGAAGCAAGACUUCUGGAGAGAGGUGUCGGAGAGGACACUGAAGAAGACCCAGCGUCUGACACGGGACAGAAUCCCAAUCUAUCUGGAUCCCAGCGCUUACCCUCUGCCGCCACCGGUGGGGAGAGCCAUUCCUCCAGAGGAGACGGCAAGUUGGAAGAUGCUGGAGAGGACCCAGCGAAAGGCCCAGGAGAAAAGGUUUUGGUCAGCAACGGAGGCACCAAGGUGGCAGUCGGGGAGCUGGAGAUGAACCCAGUCUCCCAGGCCAUUGCCAGGCACUUGGGCAUCGAUACCAGCAGUGAGGGCCGAGCAGCAAGUUACCGCAGGGGUAUUGCAAUCAUUGUGCACGGAGCGCCUCUUACUGGGAAGUCCUCUGCCGCGGUGGCUUUGGCUCAGCACUAUAAUACUGCCUGCCUGUCUAUUGACUCUGUGGUGGUCGAAGCCAUUUCUGACAGUAACAGCCCUACUGGUCUAAAAGCAAGAAAACUCUGCUCCAAAGCGUCGCUGGAACAGACUCAGCGGGAGGUAGAAGAGGCAGCUUCCCAGGCAGCAGAGGUCGGUGGUCAACCAAGACUUAGUGUGGAGGCCUUAGCCAAACAUACAGCCGAGGGAGGCCAAGGGGCAGAGUCUAAAGUAGCUUCUCAGUCCGUCAUCUCAAGAGGUAACCGAGGUAGCCUGAUGGCCACUAAAGGCAAGUCGGAGAGCCACCUAGUGCAGGGAGCCAAGCAGCAACACCUGUCUGAACCGGGGGGGUCUCAGGCCGGGAGUUCCCCUCUCCCAGGAGGUCGUGCUCAGCGGCGGCUGAGUGUGAGUGCCAGUGUAGGUGGUGAAAUGGGUCUGAUGAGCUGUGUUCUGCCAGAAGAGCUGCUUCAGGAUAUAUUGAGUGAGAGGCUGCAGUUAAAGGACUGUUUUCGCGGGGUAGUGUUUGACGGCUUGGAUACCCUGUUCGCCCGGAAUCCUUCAUCUGCCCUUCAGAUUUUGUUGAAAGCUCUGAAUAAUCGAAGACACAUAUAUCUGAUCAACCUCCACCAGGAUUACUCUGCCAUGAAGUCACGCGAGCUCGCACACAGACAGCGCAAAGAGCAGGAAAUACUGCGCGCCCUGGCCAUGGAGAAAGCUCUGAUGGAGGAGAUGGACGAGGAGGAGUAUGAGAACCUUCCUGCUGAUAAGCGAUCUCGUAUUGAUGAGCUGCGGCUCCAGGCUCUACGGCAGCGGAAGGAAAGGGAGAGCGAGGAGCGCCUGGCGCGGGAAGAGCGCGAGCGGAGGAUGCAGGAAGAGCUGCUAAAGCAGAGAGAGGAAGAGGAGCUGAGGAAGAAAAUGCGCAGAGGAAAGAGCCGAGAUUCAGGCAAAGAAGAGACGGGGGGCAAAAAGAGCCAAAUGGGCUCCAAACAGGUGAUCGGCACACACACCAUGAAAGCCGACCCACACUUAGACUCCGGCCUAGAGAGGAAAGUGUCGCUCAAAGAACGCCCCGAGUCUGUACUCAAUGAAGGCGAUGACCCCGGUAAGAAGAGAAGGAAUAAGGACCCUCUACAGCUUGUGUCAGUACAGAACGAUCUGGAGAAGGACUCGCACGACGAGACCGACAGACCACUGAUCCAAAGAUUUAAAAGCUACGAGUCCUGUCAGAGGGACAUUCUGCACAUCCUGACGUUCUGGGACCGCGUGCAGGGGAUCCUUCUCACCCCCACAGCUACGGAUGACGCUCAGCGCGAAGGAGAAGAACAUGCCACGGAACGCCAGGCUCCUUCCGGGAAGAAGUACCGUAAGGAUCGAGAACGUCAAGCAGAGAAGGAUCGUCAGGAGAAAGAGAAAGCAGACAAGGAACGCCUAGACAGGCUUAGAGGAAUGGAAGGGACUGCAGGAAUACCGUCCGCCCUGGAGUGCGAGGCACAGGAGCAGCUGGACGAGCUGAAGCCCGAAGUCGGAGUGCCACACUUUGAUUUCCAGAUAACGGAUCCCUGUGAACCAAGUGGCAAUAAAAUUCUGCAGAGCGGGAAGUUACCUUCUGUAGAGGAGAUUCUCGAUGGCCUUGGAUUGGGCCCUUCGGGUCCCCCACUUCCUCCUCCUUGCUUGUUCUCAGUGAUCCCGUUCCCAGAAAGACGGGCUGCGUCCACUGAUCUGGAGACCCUCAGCCAUUUCACCUUUGUUGCAUCUUCUCCUGAUGAUCCGAAUGCUAUCAUGGGAGAAAAGCAGGAGGCAGAGCCAGAGGCAGAGCCGGCGCUCCCUCUCCCCAUGCUGAAGGAGGAACAGCUGACCCCGACUAAAGGCCGAAGCAAGAAGGACAAGUCGGCAGACAUGGGUCGUGAAAGCCAGAAAGACAAACGCAGGCCUGCUUCUCUGCGCAAGAGCCAGCAGCCUGUGGACAGCCAUUCCCCACCUCCUGACACCCGGACCCCCCUUUCCGAUGUGGACCAGGGCAGCACCGCCGGAGAGGGUCUACCGGGGAAGCUGCUGCGACUGGGCAUUUUCCGCUGGGUUGUUCCUGCUGGAGGAGACGUUACUCUGAGAAUCCACUUUGACUCAAAAACCGUCGGGAACUUUGACCAAACUCUGAACUUUGAGCUUGUCGGGACCCGUCGUAGAUAUUCGCUUUACUGUCGGGGAGUCUGUGCCUUUCCAGCCAUCAGCCAUGAUCCCAGGGUGGUCUUUCCUCACGUCAAGAAGGACGUAAAGCCAGACGACGUAGUUCAGAAGAAGUUCAUUGUGAGCCGAGGAGUCUUUGAAUUUGGUCCCUUGCUCUGCGGAAAAUCCAGAGAAAAGUACAAAGCCGGCCAGUACCCGGAGAACAUGCAGAGCAUCGCCAUCUGCAACGCGUCUCCCAUGGAGGCCGAGAUCACCUUCAGCUUCCAACAUGACGUCAAGGCAGCUGCCUUCAUCCUGGACCCGCCGAGCAUGAACCUGAAGGCCAACGAGAAGCAGGAGUUGUGUAUCUGGGCAUACCCCACGUCGGCGGGCGUAUUCGAGGACAGCAUCGUCUGCUGCAUUAAAGACAAUCCCCAGCCGGUUGUGUUCCGGGUGUCCUGCCGCGGCGUCCGCCCAGAGCUGGAGUUAGACCGCAAACACAUUCAUUUUGAUAAAAUCCUGCUGCACCGGAAGGACUCCAGGACAAUCUUCCUCAGAAACAGCAACCUCCUGCCUGCCGCCUGGCGCCUGACGGGACUGGAAAACCUUGGCGAUGAGUUUUCUGUGUCCCAGCAUCAAGGAAUAGUGGGCCCUCGCUCUGAGUGUGGACUCCAGAUGCACUUCAAAGCGGCCAGAGCCGCUAGCGUGAAAAAGUCCAUUCGUCUUGAGGUCUCGGAUGUUGAUAAUGUCCUGGGAAUUGUUCAGCUGGAAAGCAUUCAAGUGUUUGCCGAGGCGUACGACGUGGCUCUGGACAUUAGCUUCCCGAAAGGUACAGAUGGUGGCCUGGAGUUCGGGGUGGUGAAGGUGAAUGAAGAAGCGAAGCACACUAUUUCACUGAAGAACAAAGGCAAAUAUGAGAUUGGCUUCAGUUUCUCCAUGGAAGCCACAGGCCCCGGGAUGCCAGAUCUAAACUCCAUCUUUUCCGUCCUGCCCCAGAAGGGAACUCUGGGUCCCAGUGACCGUUCCACUCAGGUGCAGAUCCUCUUCCAGUCCAAAAAGGAAGUCGAGAUUUUGGACAAGCCAAUUCUGCGGUGCCAGGUUAUUGAGCCCAGCCUGUGUGACGGUGGAGAAACCAUCGCCAGUAUCCCUGUCCGGGUGAGUGUGCGCUCUGUGUUCUCCAGGUACCGGCUCUCCCCUUCCUCAGAUAUUCAUUUUGGGGCCAUGGUGCUGGGAAGUCGCAAACUAUGUUCCUUCACCAUCGAGAACACAUCCCAGCUUGAAUUUCGUUACAAUAUCAGUAAACUGACACGCGAGGUGGUGGUCCAGCCUGCCAAAAAGGGACUCACUCAUGGUAUGAAGAGAGCGCGUUCUCGUGAGGGCUCUGGAUCCAGCAAAUCUGUGGUAUUCAACAAAGCCAAACGCAAUGAUUCCCAGCUGCGAGAGAUGGGUCCAGCAGGCCAGGCCCGUAUCACUCUUGGCGUGUUCACGGUGUCUCCUGCUUUUGGAACCGUCCCCCCAGGAGCUCAUCAGACAGUCAACGUUGAUUGUUUUGCUGACCAGCUUGGGAGAAGCGAAGAAUUACUUGCUAUUGAAAUCUCUGAUCGGAACCCUGAGGAUCACCCUGGGGGGAUACCUUUCCGCCUUGUGAGCGAAGUCUGCACCCCAGGCUUUGUGACAGAUGACAUUGCGACUAUCUUUGAGGAGCACCUUAUUGUGGCAGAUGCCAGGAUCGUGCAGUGUUUGCCCUCGCUUCAGACCGGAGGCGCGUACGUGCAGGAGGAGAAGCGCUUCCUUUUCUGUAAUGUGCUCGUAGGACAGUCAUCGACAGCUCGCUUUAAAAUCCUGAACCCAGGCAAGGUCCCCUGUGAUGUGACGCUGGCAAUCAAGCCCAGCUCCGCCAAGUCAUCGUACCGGAUGAAUGAUGUGUUUGAAAUAGAGCCGCAGCGCAUGAGCAUCCCAAGCCAUAGCCAUGGCUUUGCCAGUGUGACGUUUACCCCGCACAGUAUGCAGCUGUAUCAGUGUGUCUUUGAGGCUUCCGCGGAGGGGGCAGGGAGUGUUCUCUCUAAGUCUCGAAGCCUGACCUUUGAAAUCAGCGGGGAAGGGAACCUGCCUCGAGUCACCGUUGUGCGUCCUGCGCUGCGCAACAAGCGGGGAGCUCCGCUACUGCUUUUUCAGAGGCUGUUAGUAGGCCGGAGCCAGCAGCUGCCGCUGGUCCUGAAAAAUGAAGGGACUAUUGCUGCUCAGGUAAACAUGGACCUGCCAGGAGAUGGUGGUGUCUUCAGUUUAAAGCCCAGGUCGUGCACUCGCUGUAUUUAUCCGGCUUUGAGUGCAGAUGGAGAUCCCGGAGCUCACAGUCGUAGGGCUCACGCUGCUUCUCUGAUACUCCAUGCUGGAGAUACGGCAGAGUUUGACGUGAUCUUCCGUCCUGUGGAGUCCCAGCGCUUUGAGGCCAUACUGAGCCUGUCGGUGAUGGACAAUCAGUAUGAGCAGAUCUCUGUCCAGCUGGUAGGGGAGGGAUACCAGGAGGACCUGACCCUUGACAAUAUCCACAACGUGGUAGAAGCCACAAUUCCUGAAGCAACUAUGGAGGACGGGCUUAUACAAGCUCCUUGUGCGGAUCACAUAAUUUUCGGGGACUGUCAUGUUGGCCAGCCGUACCAGGUGACCUUCACCAUGACAAAUCGUAGCCUUGUGGAUGCCAUGAGGUUUGAGUGGCCUUUGGAUGGUCCUCUGGUUUUCUCUCCUAAGGUAGGACACAUCCAUGCAGCCUGCUCCAAGCACGUGACCCUAACCUUGAAAUCAGACGUACCCGUGGCUCUCAGUAAAUCGCUGGUGAGGUGCAGGGUGUCAGUGAUUUCAUUUUCUCUGCCCUUGGAUCAAGUUCUUGACUGGGACGAUGGGAUGAGAACUGUAAAGUGGGUGGAAAGCACUAAAGUUCCAGCAGGUCAGAGCCCCACCAAAAGAAAGGUGAUAGAGGCAGACCCGGAGCCUUCUCACACCGUGCUGGGCUCUCGCGAAAUACAGUUGCUGGUCAGUGCCACUGUGGAUCAUGCGCAGUAUAAGGCCGACUGCCACCAAGUGCAGUUCAAAGACACACUUCUCUACCAGACGCGUGUGUACAAAUACCAGAUCCAGAACAUCGGCUCAGUCCAGUUGCACUUCUCUUGGCAGGUGCAUGUGGAAGGGCAGAGCAGAAGCUCCACCAGACCUGGCGACUCAGAGGACCUCAUUAGCAGCGUGAGUACGUCGUCCAUCCAGAGUCGUCCCGCCAGCGUAAUGGAAAGCGUGUCCUCGCUUGUGACUCUGGGAGUGGAUACCCUGCCCUUCUCUGUGCAGCCAAGCUGCGGUCUCAUUCCAGCUGGAGACACCCAGGACUUCCUUAUCAAGUUCUCUCCUGUGGAGGUUGGAGAAUUUGUGGCACGUCUCAUCUGCAGCAUGCCCAACCUCCAUGGUGGACAACAGGAACCAGUUCUCUCAUUAAAAGGCAGAAGCCUGCUACCCUACUGCCACUUCCAGCUGGAAGAUUCAGAUUAUAUCACUAGUGGGAGGCGGAACUCAGAGCUAGGAGGGCCCCACGGAGCCCCUGGCGGGACCACCCUCGACCCUAACACAAGGGUAAUUGAAUUCAUGUCUGUUGGAGUGCGGACAAGGAACGUCAGGACGUUCAGCAUCCUAAAUCCCACCGAUAGCCCAUAUUCCUUCCUGUGGACGUGUGAAGACCCAGCCGCCCCCCAGAACUCCCUGACCUUCCGCUGCCUGAGUGAACAAAGAUUUAUCCAGCCUAACAAGAAGGUGGAGGUCUCCUUUGAGUUUGUCCCUCAAGUCCUGGGUGUGACGGAGUCUUUCUGGACCUUUACCAUCCCUGAGCAGAAUAUUACUGUGCCGUUCCUGCUUGUCGGCAAAACCAAUGAACCGCGUGUAUGUCUGGACAGGUCUCACCUCAACUUCCGUUCGCUGUUGAUCGGUCACGAAACGCAAGAAACUGUUUAUCUGAUUAAUAAUGAAGAGAACGCGUUUACCUUCUCAAUCCGUGAAAGCUCUUGCUAUUCUGAGGGCUGCAGUCAGAGGCUGGUGGUGAAACCCAUGGCUGGAACAGUCCCUCCUCAUACAAGGAUACCCAUAUGCAUUGCUAUCAAGCCAUCGCAAGUCGGUGACAUAAACGUCAAUCUGAUCUGUGACGUCCAGACCAAGACUGAGCCCCUGUGCCUAAAUGUGAAGGCAGAGGGGCACAGCACCGAGGCGUGUGUUCAAUGUCAGGACACAACAGGCACAUUCAUCAGCCUAACCAGCCAGGGACCCCAAGAGAUCGACCUGGGACAGGUGGAUAUUAAUGACUGCCGCACUCUGCUGUUUCACGUGAUGAAUAAAGGUCAUUUCCCUUUCACCUUUUCAUGUGAGCUGUCUGCCCCGCCAGGGGUGGAGGAUUAUUUAAGCAUUACUCCUAGCGGUGGCUGUGUUGGGCCUGGACAGCAGACCCCAGUCUCCUUCUCCUUCCAUCCCACCAGGAGGUGUAUCAUAAAGGAUGCCGAGCUGCGUGUGAAGAUAGAAAACGGGCCGGAGAUGAGAUGCUGCUUUCUUGGCGCAGCCGUAAGACCUGGAAUCCACUUCUCUUUUACCCAGCACAGUUUUGGGAAUUGCUUUAUCUAUCGUGCUGGUAUGCACCCUGUCCAGAAAACUCUUGUCAUCACUAACAAGGAUGUUCGGGAGAUCAGUGUGAAUUGUCUGUAUGAUAACACGGCGUACUUUGAGGUUGACUUCCACGCGGAUGUCCUGUCUCCUGGUGGGAAGAUGGAAAUCCCCAUCACAUUCUUUCCCCGAGCAGCCAUCCCUUACCAGGAAACGAUUACCUUUCUAAUGAAUGGCCAUUCCAAGCAGCCGGUUCACUUUCAGGGGCAGGGCAUCGAGAUGAAGGUCCAAGUUGGUGACCCCAAGUACAAAGUGACACAUUUUGGCGCUGUGAGAGUUGGUCAGACUGUGAAGAAAAUUGUCCCAGUAGUAAAUAAUAGCGCAUGCCCUGUGACGUGUACCUUUACAUUGAAUGCAAGCGCUCCAGCGCUCCAGGAUCCCAAGGUCCUCAGUGUGCUGCCCAGCUCCGAGGUGACAAUAGCUGCCAAUGGAGGGAAGUGUAAGAUGGAGAUGCACUUCUGCCCACAGAGCAGGAUCACCCCAUUUGCUGAGGAGGUGCUGAUGGAAGUGGCUGGGGCUGUGUGCUCCCUUCUGGUGCUACGUGGAAGCAGCCAAGACUUGGAGCUGAGCCUGGAUCAAGAACAUAUUUCGUUUGGUGCUGUGGUGUUGGGGAGCCAGGCUACACGCAGGGUCGUCCUCAGUAACACUGGAGAGCUUGGAGCCAGGUUUCAGUGGGAUAUGAAGUCGUUUCACCCGGACUUCUCCAUUUCUCCGGUCUCUGGUUAUAUCACCGCCGGGGCAGACGUGACUUUCGAUGUUAUCUUUCAUCCACAUGAAAUUAACUCCGACAUUCACUGUGAAAACAUUGCUUGUCACAUUGAGGAAAGUAAGGCCUUGAAUCUAACGCUCUCUGGAUCCUGCAUUGGCCCCCCAUCCACCAAGGAGGCUGUGAGCUUUCAGUGCCCAGUGAGAACCAAGCAGAUACAGACCAUUCUAUUGUCCAAUAAGACAAGUCGCGCAUGGAAUCUAAAGCCCAGCAUUCAUGGUGAACACUGGACCGGCGCAGAUGUCCUGACCGUAGAAGCUCAACAGCAGAACAAGCCAUACGAGAUCACUUAUUACCCCCUAACCAUGAGCAGUGAGGGCAAGAAGCAUCAGGGCUCCAUCUUCUUCCCACUGCCGGACGGGACAGGAUUGAUGUAUGUGCUGCACGGAGUGGCCGAACCCCCCAAAUCAUCGGGUAAUAUUGUCCGCGAGGUGCCAUGCAAGACCUUGUACACGGAACUGCUGAGUGUUACCAACUGGCUGAACAAACGUCAGAGGUUUCAUGUCAUUGUGGAAAUGUUGAAGCCUGAAAAGGCAGACAGUGCCACCAGCAUUAAGGGUCUGGACUAUUUGGAAGUACCCGGAGCGGCCAAAAGUGACUACAAAUUGUCUUUUCACUCUCACAAAGAGGGCACCUUCUCUACCAAGGUGAUCUUCCGCAAUGAGACAACCCAAGAGUACCUUUUCUACUUUGUAACAUUUAAAGCGACUCCUCCUGGCAUUGUAGACACCAUCGAGAUGGUCACUCCUGUGCGUCAGAGCACCGCAACGACAGUGACGGUGGAGAAUCCUCUGAAUGUGCCUGUCACCUUCAUCACGGACUGCAAAGUGCCCGAGAUAAACCUGCCCCCUCAGCUCACUGUACCUGCCCAGUCUGAGGGGAGUCUGAUGUUCGAGUUUCAGCCUCUUAAGGCUGGCGAGUCGUCUGGACGCCUGACCCUGCAGAGCGCGGACUUGGGUUUGUUUCAGUACGAGCUGCUCCUGAGGGCUCUGCCGGCCUUAGCUGAGAAACCCAUCUAUUUCCACACAAGCCUGGGGUCCAGCCAGACCCUGAGUGCCAAGUUCAUUAACUACACCCGGCAGAAGACCGAGUACAGCUGCAAGGUCGAUCACUCGGACUUCCAUGUGGACAAAAUGGUGAUGGCUGCUCCCGGUUCACAGGGUGGCUCAGAAGUCAGCGUGGAUGUGACCUACGAACCGGUCCAACUUGGGGAGACGCGUGCUACCCUCCUUCUCUCCUCCCCACUUGGGGGAGAAUACACCAUACCGCUUUUUGGCUCUGCUUUGUCUCCAAAGCCUCAAGGUCCCCUGCAGAUCCGUUCAGGGUCCACCAUCUCCAUCCCCUUCAAGAAUAUCUUCUUGCAGCCCACAAGCUUCACCUUCCAGACGGAUCCUGCAGCUUUUACAGUGAAGCCCGGUGAGCAUGUCCGCUCCAAGAAGACCCAUCACAUCUCCGUGUCAUUUGAAGCGCCACACGGUGGAAGCAAGACCCCGGUGACUGGCAAGCUGGUUGUGUCCUGUCCUCGAGCCACCGGAACUGCCCAAGGAAUCUGCUGGGUUUAUUAUUUGAAGGGUGUGGGAUUGGAAAAGUGAAACAUCACAGUGUCUGCUGAGUUGUCUUUGAAAUAAAAAAAUGACUUUGAAAUGAAA